AUGGCCAUUGACAUAAAUGUUUACAAGUUACUGGUUAUUGGAGAUUCAGACCUCUUGAUUCAUCAGAUUCAAGGAGAAUGGGCUGUGAAGAACCCGAAGAUUGUAUCUUACGUACAAUAUGUGCAAAAUCUGUGUAAAAGGUUUCGCAAGAUCGAGUUCAGACAUACUCCCAGAAUACAGAAUGAAUUAGCUGACGCUCUUGCCACCAUCGCUUCAAUGAUCAAACAUCCGGAUACGGAUUACAUCGACCCGCUGGAUAUAGAUUUGAAGGAACAUCCAGUCCAUUGUUCACACGUUGAAUCAGAAACAGAUGGUUUACCUUGGUAUUUUGACAUAAAGAGAUACUUGGAGUCUGGGGCAUAUCCAGAAGACGCUACAUCUAAUCAAAAGAAGUCGAUACAUCAUACAUGCUGGAGUUUGUGGUACACAAAUGAACGGGCUUAUUUUAGCAAGAAAGAUUCUUCGAGCCGGUUAUUUCUGGAUGACUAUGGAGAAUGA